GCUGUCCGUGACUGGCGCUGCUUCCUGCCGGAGACCGAAGCACCACGCACCGGGGGCAUUAUUUGAAAGCUAACCGCUAGGAGCAUUAGCCUUACAAGCAUGGGGCCCACGCUGCGUCUGGAGAUCAGGAAAACCAUGCAGAAUGCUGUUCUGAUACUGGGCGGCUUUGAAGACAAAGACUUUCCUGUUGAUGUUUCAGUGUGCCCAUCAUCUUUACAAAUAGAGACUCCUGAUGGCUGUGAGACACUCAGUCUUCCUCCAGAGAUUAAGCUGGUCCCUUCCUCCUGCCGAUACGUACAGCAUGUUGCAGGUGAAGGACUUCAUAUUCGGCUGCAAGUACACGCUUCCCGGGAUACAGAAACUUCUCCAUCCCUGAAAGAAAUCCUGGGGAUUCAGAGGAGAUAUACAUUUGAGUGCCAGGCAUGUGGCGAGCCCAUAAUUCGAGACCAGCAGUUCCUUAGAGUCCUCCCAUUACCAAGUGAAAACUGGAGCUCCCUGGUUGAAGAAUGGUGCUGCCAUCCCGAUCCCUUUGCCAAUCGAAGUUGUCUGCCCAAGGUUAACGACUGCUUUCUAGGAGAGACUUUCUUUUUGGUGAACAGAGCAAAUCUUCUAGACCACCCUGGAGAAACUAAUGAGAAGUCAUCUGUUCCUCAUUCUGCUGAUGGUAAUGUCUCGAAAUCAACUGAAAAUACCAAAGUCUUUUGCAAGCGUUGCAAAGUAAUACUGGGAGAGACAUUGUCAUCGGAUGCUUUGAAGUAUUUUAUCACAGAAGUCAUGGUCCGACCAUCUUGUGAGAAAUUUAAAACUAUGUCCAGGACCCGCUUUGUAGAAAGCACUGUUGUCCAACUUCUGAUGGAAUUAUCUGCUUCUAAGAGCACUUUCAGGUACUGCAUCCAAGGACAAGAUGGCAAACUCUUUCUUCUGCUUUGGCUUUUGAAUGUUGACACAUUGCUGGUGGAAUCGAGGACAAGAACAGGCGGCGUAAACUGCCUUUUCUCUGAAGAUACCUGCUUUCCCUCUUCAAGUUCACUAGACGUCAGUAAUGUUGUAAGGGUGCUAUAUUCUUCCCCCACAGAAAGUAACCACAACGAGCUUGUGGAUAAAUGGAUGAACCAAACUGGAGCUCACACACUAAUAUUUCCGUCCAAGACAUGCUUGGAACUUCUGCUGCUCCUGUCUCUCAACAAUGCAGCCUUGCCACAUUCCCUGCGAUCCAUGAAUAAUUGGCAGGUAGCAUAUUUGAAGAUAUGAAGAAUUUUUAAGGUUACCAGUGAAAACAAGCACAAUUGUGAUGGACCCUGGAGAAAGAUUACGCUCAUAAACUCCACAUAUCCCAAAUGUCCAUC